GUAUACCAAAUGCAUCAAACUGCAUCUAAAUUCUGCACCAUUUGAAGCAAAAGACAACUAAUUUUGCGUUGAAGCACCAGUGAAGUACAUGUUCUGUUCGAGAAAUACUAUGUACUCUCUCCAUCCCAAAAUUAUUGUUUAGUUUUUUAGGGUUUAGAGUUUAGGGUUUAGGAUUUAGGGUUUAGGAUUCAGAGUUUAAAUUGGACAAUAAUUUUGGGACGGAGAAAGUAUUUUUAUCCCAUGUUGAAACACAAAAACUAGCAAACAAGCGAGAAUGUCCCAGGUAUAAACACGUCCGGAUUAUAAUGCUUAUAAUAAUGGGUAUUUCUGAAGUCAGGUAUAUUAAUUCCAAGUUGAGACAAAUUUUUUCAAAGUCAAAUGAUUAAUCUUGCUCCUGAUGGACUCAAAGGGCUCAACUAAACUAUAUCUGGUUCAGUGUUAUCUUACGUUUUUACAAUAAUCCAAAAGAGUCUUCACUCUGUUUGGUCAAAAUACCAAUGUUUGAGCCUUAAGGAAAACCGAUUGACUUGGAGUUUGGAGGGGUUUCAAAUUUCAACUUCUGGGCUGUUUAGUUCAUUUGAUAAAGCAAAAACCGCAUAUCUUGAGCAAAACUCUAGGUCCUUUGGUUAGGCAUAAAUAGCCACUAAUGUCUUAAUCCAUUCAACUUUAUGCACUACCACAAACAAUUAGAACAAGAUCAUAGAGAUGAGUAAGAAAUGGAUGUGUUUGAUCCUUCUGGUUUCCCUUCUUCUGUUCAUCUCUUUGGAAUCUGCUAAUUCCGCUGAUGAGGGAGACUCGUUUCCAACACCUCCGGUGGAUCCACCACCACCUCCACAAUACCUCCCCCCUCCUCCUUAUUACUAUCAAUUUGACGAUGACCAAAACUAUGAUCCUCCCUAUGUCUAUCGUCCUUUAAACCCGCCUCCAUCUCGCCCGCCUCCUGUAUACCCGCCUCCCUCUCUCGCACCUCCAGUAUUUCCUCUAGCUGAUACAGAUUAUUACAUGGCUAUACCGGUUAACGAGACGGGGCAAGAGCGAGCUUGGUGUUAUAGAGAUUGCGGCAUGACCCUUACUUGCCCUGCUGAGUGCCCUCUCAGGGUGCCUAGUAACACUUCUAUGCAAGGAUGUUUUAUUGACUGCAGCAAUUGUGAAGCCACUUGCAAAUGGAGGAUGCCUAAUUGUGAUAACUAUGGUCCUCUAUGCUACAAUGACAAUCCACAUCCACCACCAUCAGAUUCACCUCCAACACCUCCAGUAGAUCCACCACCAUCUCCGCAAUCAGACCCGCCUCCAACAACACCGCCAGUGGAUCCACCACCAUCAAAUUCGCCUCCAACGCCUCCUUCUGAUGAUCAAUUCAAUGGUGGGGAAGACAAUGAUCCUGGUCCAUUCGCCGUUCCAAAUCAUCAACCUGUAUACCCGCCUCCAUCUCUAGCACCUCCUGUAUAUCCCCUGGCUGAUACAGAUUAUUACAUGGCCAUACCGGUUAACGAGACAGGACAGGAGCGGGCGUGGUGUUUCAGAGAUUGCGGUAUGACCCUUACUUGCCCUGCCGACUGCCCUUUUAGGGUGCCUGGUAACAGUUCUAUGAAGGGAUGCUUUAUUGACUGCAGCAAAUGUGAAGCCACUUGCAAAUGGAGGGAUCCUAAUUGUGAUAACUAUGGUCCUUUAUGCUAUAAUGACAAUCCAUAUCAACUACCAUCUCCAAAUGAGCCUCCGCCAACAGACUCGCCCCCAACACCUCCAGUAGAUUCACCACCAUCUCCAGUUGAUCCUCCGCCAUCAGAACCGCCUCCAACGCCUCCGGUGGAUCCACCACCAACUCCAAAUGACCCUCCGCCAUCGGACCCGCCUCCUACACCUAAUCAACCAGUAUACCCACCUCCAUCUCUUGCACCUCCUGUAUAUCCUCUGGCUGAAACUGAUUACUACAUGGCCAUACCGGUUAACGAGACAGGGCAAGAGCGAGCUUGGUGUUACAGAGAUUGCGGCAUGACCCUUACUUGCCCUGCUGAGUGCCCUCUUAGGGUGCCUGAUGACAGUUCUAUAAAGGGAUGCUUCAUUGACUGCAGCAACUGUGAAGCCACUUGUAAAUGGAGGAAUCCUAGUUGUGACAACUAUGGACCUUCAUGCUAUGAUGAUGUUCAACCUCCACCUGUAUCUCCAUCAUCAGAACCGCCUCCUGCACUAAACCCUCCAUCACACUCCCCUCCAACUUCUGAUUUCUCUGAUUAUUACAUGCUCUCAUCAGUUGAAAGAACAGGACAAGAACAAGCUUUCUGUUCUGCUAAAGGAGGAUGCCAAAAUAAGACCCUCACUUGUCCGGCUGAGUGCCCUUAUAGGAAGCCAAGUAACAGAACCAUGAAGGAAUGCAUUAUUGACUGCAGCAUCAAGUGUGAAGCCACUUGUAAAUCGAGAAAGCCUCUUUGUGAUAACCUAGGAUCUUUAUGCUAUGAUCCUCGAUUUGUCGGGGGAGAUGGAAACAUGUUCUACUUCCAUGGAUUCAAGGGAGGCAACUUCGCCAUUGUCACUGAUGACAAUUUCCAGAUCAAUGCUCACUUCAUUGGGCAUCGACCGAAAGGAAAAAAGCGCGAUUUAACAUGGGUUCAAGCUCUCUCAAUCAUGUUUGAUACCCACACACUUAUCAUUGCAGCAAAAAAGGUCUCAAAAUGGGAUGACAAAGUCGAAGCUCUGCUAGUGAAGUGGGAUAAUCAGUUGAUUAACAUCCCAACAGAUGAAGAAUCUGAAUGGAGAAUCAACAUUGAUAAAAGGGUUGUGGUGAUUGAAAGAACCGAUGAUUUCAACACGAUCAGGGCCACAGUUUUUGGACUUGUUCAAGUGGAUACAAAGGUCGUUCCAAUUGGAGAGCAAGAAAACCAGGUGCAUCAUUACCAGAUUCCGGCUGAUGAUGCAUAUGCUCAUUUGGAGACACAAUUCAAGUUCUUCGAGCUUUCGGAUACCGUGGAAGGUGUUCUUGGAAAGACUUACCAGCCGGGCUACGAAUCAAAAGUGAAGAUGGGAGAUGCAAUGCCGGUUAUGGGUGGUGAGGAUAAAUACCAGACUCCAUCGUUGACUUCACCACUUUGCAAACUCUGCAAGUUCCGGAGGAAUAAGCUUUCCAAAAACUCCAUUGCUAUGGUUACUGCAAUCUGAUUAACUAUAAGAUAUAUUUCAAUCUUUACUGCGGUUUUUAAGAUCAAAUAAUAAGCAUUUAUAAGUUGCC